AGAUAUCUAUAACCACACAAAUAUGUUUGACUCUUUUUAGACUGCAAGAUUCAGAAGUAUCGAGGGAGUAAAUGUUUAGUGUGAAUCGGGUCGACCGAAACCCGAAGUUCCCAACUACGCACAUCUCUUCGAUUAGAUUUUGUGGAGGAGAAUUUUGAAGUAUGACAACUGCAGCAAGACCUACAUGGGCACCAGCAAAAGGUGGGAAUGAACAAGGCGGAACUCGAAUAUUUGGUCCAUCUCAGAAGUAUUCUUCCAGAGAUAUUGCUGCUCACACGACCUUAAAACCCAGAAAGGAGGGACAGGACACUCAGGAUGAGUUGCAUAGGAGAAACUUCCGGGAAGAGUUGGAAGACCGUGAGAUGAGACAUUUUUCUUCAAAAGACAAGGGCUAUGAGGACAGAGAUCGUAGAAAGAGUGUUCAACUCCUUUUAGAAGGGGAAAAAAUAGAGAUCGAGGAUCGCAUUGUACCACGCAGCGCUGACGCUGAUGACUAUGCUGACAACAAAAGUGAUGAUGAGAGUGACGACGAUGACGAUGAUGAUGAUACAGAGGCUCCCCUGGCAGAGCUUGAACAGAUAAAGAAGGAGAAAGCAGAGGAGAAACUUCGAAAAGAACGGCUAGAGCAAGAGGAGGAGCUUAAAGCAAAGGAAGCAGAAUUGUUGAAGGGAAAUCCUCUGAUAAACCAGCCGGCGUCUUUCAGUGUCAGGAGAAGGUGGGACGAUGAUGUGGUCUUCAAGAAUCAGGCUCGCGGGGAAAUGAAGGCAGCCAAACGCUUUAUAAAUGAUACCAUCCGGAAUGACUUCCAUAGGAAGUUUCUCCACAAGUACAUGAAAUGACAGUAGGAUUUGAUGUGAAAAAAGCAAAGCAACAAAGAUUGGCGCCUAGUGGAUUGUUUUUGUUGAGUUGUUCCUCAAAUGUCUAUACAUUAUCAUUCUGUUAAAACUUUCAAGCAUCACUGUAAUAUUGUCAUUCUUAAACUAGCUAUGGGAAUACAUUUCUGUU